AGGUUUAAUAUGCAAUUUUGUCUGAAAAAGUUAUCUAUAUCCAUCAUCGCGCGAAAUCGGUUAUAGUACGGCGCCCGACCCGUAACCGACCCGGAUCAACAUUAUUUCGACCCGACCUGGUUGAUUGGAGCAGACGCAGAUAACUUUCGAGUCUGUAUAACGACGCCUCGCCGAGGAUUUGGGAGAAGCAGAAGAUGGCGUCCGGUUUAGCUAUGAAUCGAUGCUCAAUUUCGGUAUGUAGAAAGGCCGAUACUUUACUUAACCGGCCAACGGUCUCCGUUGUCAGGAGUUUGAAACUCAGUCGCCGGCUAAUCGGAAACUGCUCGGUGACGGCGGCUCCUUUUGUUGUGGCGGACGACGAGAAGUACGGUAACAAACAGGUUAUCAAUCUAACUCCUCGCCUUUACGACUAUGUCCUCUCCAACGUUCGCGAGCCUAAGAUUCUAAGGCAACUUCGGGAAGAGACUGCCAAAUUGCGAGGUAGUCAAAUGCAGGUAUCUCCUGAUCAGGGCCAAUUGCUUGCAAUGCUUGUGCAGAUCCUUGGAGCAGAAAAGUGUAUUGAAGUCGGUGUUUACACGGGAUAUUCAUCUUUGGCUGUGGCGUUGGUUCUACCAGAAUCCGGAUGUCUUGUUGCCUGUGACAGGGAUCCUAAUUCUCUCGAAGUUGCUAAGAGGUACUAUGAGCUUGCCGGAGUCUCUCACAAGGUCAUCGUGAAGCAUGGUCUUGCGGCAGAAUCAUUGAAAUCCAUGAUUGAGAACGGUGAAGGAUCCAGCUAUGAUUUUGCAUUUGUCGAUGCCGAUAAGAGGAUGUAUCAGGACUACUUCGAAUUGCUUCUUCAACUUGUGAGGGUUGGGGGAGUCAUUGUGAUGGAUAAUGUUCUUUGGCAUGGACGAGUUGCAGAUCCAAUGGUGAAUGAUGCGAAGACCAUCAGCAUUAGGAAUUUCAACGAAAAGUUAAUGGAUGACGAACGCGUAAGCAUUAGUAUGGUACCAAUCGGUGAUGGCAUGACGAUAUGCCGCAAGAGAUAAUCAUCCUGAAAAAAAACUAAGUCUCUAAGCUUAAGAGCAUCGAUGAAGCCUGAGAUAUAUUUCAGGACAUCACUGUCUCGAAACGGUUCUUUUGUUUGGAUAGGACACAGUUCUGACUUGAGAGACCAACACAUUCAGUGUCUAUGCUAUUUUUGUUUAUCUCUCGUCAACUCCUUUUGGCGAUUCUGAUUAAUUGAAAUUAGAAUUUUGGUUAAGCUUAAUUAUCACUGAACUGUGGAACUUGCAUAACCUUGAAGAUUAAUCAGAGAGUAUCUUUCCGGUUCAAACCAAACCGGUACGAAAUUUCCGUCGUUUCAAGUUCGGUCAAGAUAAUUUGAUGAACCGACGACAAAUCAAGAGAUUUGACUCCAUACCCACCAUGGUACUAAACAGCGUGAUGUUUGAUGGUUUGGAUUAUAAACUGCGCGUAGUUUUUGUUGUUUACUUUGGUUCGGUGGGCGGGCCAGCUGUACCACUAAAUUCAAACGACACGGUUACGCAAAAUUUUGAGAAAUCCCCAAAUCUCCUCAAAUUAGGGUUCAAUCGUUCGUGAACACUUUGAACGCUAAUCGGAAAAUUCUUCUCCCUUCGCCAUGAACUUUUAGGGUUCUUCUGAAGGAGUUGGUUUCUGGAAUCUCUCGUGUGAACAAGAUUCGAUCGAUUUCACGCGAUGCCGUCGUUCUCACUGAGCAUUCCCUUCCUCUUGCUCUGUUUCUGCUUGAUCGGCUUACAAGCUGCGGAUGAUCUCCCAGACAAAUCCGGCGGCGAUGUCUGCCCCCGGGUUUCGGAUCCGGGUGGGUGUCCAAUAAACUGUUUCCGGGCGGAUCCAGUUUGCGGAGCCGAUGGAGUUACCUACUGGUGCGGUUGUCCCGACGCAGCGUGCCAUGGCGCUCGUGUGGUCAAAAGAGGAGCUUGCGACGCAGGUAACGCCGGGAGUGCUUCUGUUCCGGGCCAGGCUUUGUUAUUGAUUCAUAUUGUUUGGCUUUUCUUGCUCGGACUCUCUCUUCUCAUUGGUGUUUUCUGAUCUCGAGAGUUAAUGGCGGAUUAGAGAAGGAAUUUAUCCCCCAUUCGUUUGUAGCUUUUUUCUUGUCAUACUUUUGUAGAUCAAAUGUGUUUGAGAUUGAUUCAUGCUCUCUAUAGAUGAUUUUACAUGUAGAUUUGUUUUCCCUUUGUGCUUGUAUGUGUAAAGUUGAGUAGAUUUUUCUCUCUAAUGAAUUACGUUGUUCUUGUUGUUUUGCUUUGUGUGCCAAAAUAAAAAAUCUUGUCUUUGCUUAUGGUUGUGCAAAUAUAUCAUCACUUUCAAUUUUGUUUGCUUUAAA